AUAUACCUGAAAGUGCAGACAGAGAGGUGAAGCACAGCUCAGGUGUCAGAGUCCGCUCAUAAACGGAUCAGCUGAGUCACCAGUUGUGGAGCUGGUUCCGAUUCAGAUCUCCUCCAUUUGUCCCGAGCCCGUUUCACCUUUCCUCACCUGUCCCCCCUCACCUGCCGGGGCCGACUGGGCUGAAAGAGCUACUGUUUGAGAAGGAAGGUGACGCGGCGCAAAGCUGUCAUUUUUAAGUUCCUGCUUCUGCCAGCCAAAUCUGGCAGCAUCAGUUCUGUCUGAGUCCAAAACGCAAACGACUGCAUUCAUCUUCUCCUUCAUGAACAGAAGCAACAUGGAGUCCACAGGAGAAAAACACAAAGAAGAAACAUCCAGGAUAGGUUUGGGAGAUGAAAACUCUGAAACCAGCCACCAAGAUGCUGCAGAUGAAAACAUGUCUACUACAAGAACCACAACGACAGAAGACGAAGAAAUGGGAGGAAGAGAAAGUGGUUUCAUGGCAAUACCAGAUAGGGACUCGGGUGAGGAGGAAGGAAGAGUAGAAGCACCUGCUGUAGAUGAAGAGGGAAAGAUCCAGGAGCUGUCUGAAAGCCAGACAACUGAGGAAUCUGAUGAAUUGGAGCAGAAACCAUUGACACCCAGCAGCUCUAGACCAGUCCCGCCCAGCAGUCUGGAUCUGACUGGGGAACGACAAAUGAAGAAGAAAGUGCUGGCAGCUCCAACUCUGAGUGUGUCAUUAGGUGGCAGCGAGUCGAUAAAGUCUGAUGACCUACAGUCCACCUUUCUCUCCCCGUCACCUGAGGAUGCAGAGGACACUGCAUUGGAUUUUGAUUUGGACGCCUUGGACACGCCGUCCGACAGCGAAUCCCUGCACUUCCCCCUCUAUGACCUGGAUCUGGAAGAUGACAUGCGGCGCCUCGGUGUGGCCUCCCAUCGCCUCAGAGUGUCUGAGACCAGAUCCAGAUCGGGCUCUGGAGCUGGUUCUCUACCAGGGCCUGACCAGUUUGGACUGGGACCCUUGGAAAAGGAGGAUGUGGUGGACAGCAAAGGCACCAGGUGGCGCUGUUUCACAACAGGUGACCCUCCUCAGGAAUCGAGGGUCGACAUGAGCGUCCUGGAGCCUUAUCUCAGAGUUCUGUCACACGGAGGUUACUAUGGAGACAGUGGGGAUGACAUAAUCGUGUUUUCCUCCUGUUACCUCCCGGAGAACAGUCUGGAGAACUACCAGUAUGUGAUGGACAACCUCUUCAGGUUUGUCAUUGGGACUUUGGAGCUGAUGGUGGCAGAAAACUAUAUGAUAGUUUAUCUCUGCGCUGGAGGGCAGAAGGAAAAACUCCCAGGAAUCAGCUGGCUUAAGGAGUGUUACACCACCAUCGACCGCAGGUUAAGGAAGAACCUGAAGGGUUUCUAUGUGGUCCAUCCCACCUGGUACAUCAAAGUCAUCGCCACCAUCAUCAGACCCUUCAUCAGCUCCAAGUUCAGCAGAAAGCUUCAGUUCGUCAACACGCUUCAGGAGCUUUCUCUCUUCGUCCCCACUGAGCAUGUGCAGAUCCCAGACUGCGUCCUACAGUACGACCAGGACCAGUCCAGGUGAAGCUCAGCCUGACCAGAUCAAAACAUUUCUCUCUUUAUUUAUUGUUCCUGCAGACUUCCAGUUUCAGGAUGAGGAUUACAAAAAUCUUAGUUUUUAUCUUGUAAACAGUGUUGAUGGAAGCUACGGAACUAUAUAUUUCAAAUAAUUUCGUAUUUUUAUUUUAAAAAGAGAAGAACAACAUAAUGCAAAUUAACUAUGAACACAAACUGCCUUAUUUUACAAAUUUUUUGAUUUUUUUUUUUUCUAACUUUUUGUCUGAAAAUUUUAUGAGCAAAGGUGCUGACAUAUUCGCACAAUAGAUUUUAAAAAUGGUGAUUAAACUGCUGUAAAAAUUAGGAACUAUUUUUUUUAAAUCAUGUGAAUCACCAUUUUAGUAAGGAUUCAAGUAAAUAAGAAAUGCAUGCAUUUAGAUUUUUUUUUUACAUUUUCAGUCAUUUUCUCCAACCUGGUGGUUUUUUUUUUUUUGUUUUGUUUUUUUCCUACACAUUCAGUGUUAUGAACAAAUUUUCAUUCAUCAAACCCAUCUGGAUAUGUGGGUGCUUAUUUUUUUUUCUGAUCAAUAAAAUUUUAUAGAAAUGCUUGUUAAA